AUGCUAUUAGAGUAUAUGAGGAAAUCAUUAGAUUCCCACUUGCAAUUAGCUGGUAUUUACAAAGAGAAAGGAUUGGUAGACGAGUUGAUUUAGCUCUAAAAAGAUCUUCUUCCACUAUUCAUUGAUAUACCAAAGUCAAAGACUGCAAAGAUUAUUAGAACUCUUUUUGAUCUAACAACUAAGAUUGAAGGAAGGAAUGCAGCAUUAGUUGAGCUCUGCAAAUAUAUCAUUGACUGGUGUGAAAAGGAGAGCAGAUCAUUCCUCAGAAUGAGAAUUGAGAACAAGCUAGCUGAGUUAUACUUCAAAUUGGAGAAAUUCCACGAUUCCCUUCAACUCCUCAAUAAACUUCUUUAUGAGCUCAAAAAGAAGGAGGAUAAGCAACUACUUGUUGAGGCUCAGCUUGUAGAGAGUAAAGUUUAUCAUGCACUAGAAAAUUUACCAAAGGCUAAGGCUUCCCUUACAUCAGUGAAGACCACAGCUAACUCUAUCUAUGUUGUCCCAUUACUUCAAGCUGAAAUUGAUUUCAUGAGUGGAUUGAUUGCUACUGACGAGAAAGACUAUAUCACUGCAUAUUCUUAUUUUUAUGAAACAUUUGAGGGAUACAGAUCUAUGAAUGAUAACACUGCAGGCCAUGCCUUUAAAUUCAUGCUUUUCAGUAAGAUCAUGAGCAGAUAAAGUGAUGAUGCUCUCAAUCUAAUAAACUCUGCAGUUGCCUUAAAGUAUCAAGGAAGAGACGUUGAUGCUAUGAAAGAGGUAGCCUCAGCCAACAAACAAUAAAAUCUAUUAAUCUUUGAGAAAUGCAAGGAUGUUUAUCAAAGAGAACUUCUCGAAGAUCCAGUCAUUAGACGCCACUUCAAUUUCCUAUACAACACCCUGCUUGAAGACAAUCUUAAAAAAAUUAUUGAGCCUUAUUCAGAAGUAUAGAUUGAUUACAUAGCUAAAUAAAUCGGCUUACCUUUUGAUAGAGUUCUUCAAAAGCUAAGUGAGAUGAUUCUUGAUGAGAAAAUUGCAGGAACUUUAGAUCAGGGAAGAGAUUGUCUGAUUAUCUUUGAGAAAGGAGAAUCUGUUGAGAUGUUUGAGCACAGUCUGAAUAUUUUCAAGAACCUAGACUCAGUCAUUGAUUCACUCUACGAUAAGACUCAAAAGUACAAGGAGAAAUACCACCAUUGA